AUGGCAAAUAAUAAAACUAGUAGCAAUCAAAUCAACUGUGUUUCGCUUUGCAACACGAAUAACUCUCAACAACAGAGACAUCGAACAACUCCAUCUCAAGCACAAUUUCUUGAAAAUUAUUUCACAAAUAUUGAUGAUUUUCCUGAUUCAAAUAUGAGAGAAAAAAUCGCUCUUAAAAUUAAUAUGCCAUCUAAAAAAGACAGAACUCGUCAAGAACAAGAAACAAUUCGUUCUGCGCGUUCAUCAUCAUCAUCUUCCGCUUCCACGUCGUCUCCCAAUCGUACUAUCCCUUCGCAACAACAGUCACGUGCAUCAGAACUGAUGAUUACUUCUCGCUAUUUGAUUUACGCUAAUACCCAUGGAAAUCAUCGUGACAAUCGUGUUUCCAUCACUUCUUCGCGACAGCCAUUGGCUCACAUGAAUCGUCAAAUUACAUUACAACAAAAUUGUUAUAAACUUGCUCCAUUAAGAAAUGUAACUCCAAGAGACGAAGUAAUUAAUUCUCAGGGUGAAAACAUUAUGCUUCCAUCUUUACAUCGCAUCAUCUCUCAAAUUGUUUCUACAUCCUUUGGAGAUAAAAAUGUGCCGGUAAAUUGUAACAAUAAUACCUACCAUAAUUCAUCUCCUAAACAGUUUUCGUCGUCAUCAUCGUCUUCGUCUCACGAACAACCAUCAAUGUCAUCUACAUCAUUUGGUCCUCCUUUUAAACCCUCUUUUCCUCUACAUCCCACUCAAUUCUCUGUUUUACAUCACGCUAUUCUGAAUACAUCUUGUUCAAAUACUGCCCCACCUAGCCACAUGACGGUUGAUUCUUCUAUUGAAAAGAACUCUCGCAGAAUUAAUACCGUAGAAAAAGCAGAAGAAAAUGAAACACAUAAUGACG